AUGAUUGGCACUCAAAACCAAAUAAAUUANAAAAAUGGUAAAAAAGUUUGUAGAUGGCAUUUAUAGAUUAGAAAUUCUCUAUUCUAGAAAAGCUAUGGCAUUAAGAUUGGGAAAUUGAUUGAAUUGGAUGAUGGAUUUCUUUCAUGGAAUUAAAUGGCUUAUCAUUAAGUAUAUCAAAAUGGUAAAAAAGUAGGAAGAUGGAAUACUGAUUAGAAUUUAUAUUUAUAAAUUUAUAAUUAAAUGUAAUAUAAACUUUUUUUGAGGUGGUGA